AGAGAGAGAGAGAGAGAGAGAGAGAGAGAGAGAGAGAGAGAGAGAGAGAGAGAGAGAGAGAGAGAGAGAAUGGCAGCAAGCGCAGCAGAGAGCAUGGUGGCUCGGUCGCUGCGUGAUACAUUGGCACGGGUUGCCCGUGCUGCUGAGAGGGCCAAUAGGUCACACAAGGAGAUUACUGUUGUCGCCGUUGGGAAGACAAAACCGGUCUCUAUGAUACAGGAGGCGUACGAUGCUGGUCACCGCGAUUUUGGCGAGAACUACGUGCAAGAGAUUGUGGAGAAGGCGCCUUUGCUCCCUCGUGACAUACGCUGGCACUUCAUCGGCCAUCUCCAAAGCAACAAGGCCAAGGGUCUCAUUGCGGAGGUGCCUAAUUUGCAUACGGUUGAGACCGUGGACAGCGUCAAGAUCGCCAACCAUCUCAAUCGAGCGUGUAGCAGUGCCGCUAGGCAGGAGCGACUGCGUGUAAUGGUGCAAGUGAACACGAGCGGCGAGCCUUCGAAGUAUGGCGUGGAGCCGAGCGAGUGCGUGGGCUUGGUCAAGCAUGUUGUUGAAGAGUGUCCGUACUUGCGCUUUGCUGGGCUGAUGACCAUUGGGAUGCUCGACUACUCCUCCAGACCGGAGAACUUUCAUUGCCUGCAAGAGUGCCGGCGACAUGUCUGCCAAGAGCUAGGUCUGGGGAAGGAACACUGCGGGCUCAGCAUGGGGAUGUCUGGAGAUUUUGAGCAGGCGGUCGAGAUGGGCAGCACCAACGUUCGAAUCGGAUCCACUAUCUUCGGUGCGAGAGAUUACUCGAAAACUGUAGCCUCAUAAGUUAGUGGGGCAGUUGCUGCAGUUGCAAGGCUGGAGCAGCUGCACUGAACUCUCUCUCUUAGAUCAGCCUGCGGAUGAUGAAGAAAACAUCCCCGGCAUUGUAUGAGCGAAACGAAGAUGAAAAAUGAGCUGAUGCCUCCACGAGCAGGUUGUUGGCGGACAAAUCCAAGCAGAGCAUUCUCUGACGAUGCAUUCUGUGCAGGUGUCGUGUCUGUUGGAGUCUGCUUUAAACUUGCUGAAGGUUUUUCGCAGCACCGCAAAACGGAGGUAUUUUUUUUAUGACUGUUUUGCGACCUGAGCAGAGUCCAAUGGGCCAAUGUAAUCAAUCAAUCAAUUAAUCAAUCAAUCAAUCAAUCAAUCAAGCAAGCAAGCAAGCAAUCGAUCAAUCGAUCAAUCAAUCAAUCAAGGUCAGUGGGGUGCUGGUGUUAUUAAACCAAUUUGUCAUAUAUAUUUGUAAAGAGAAUCAGAGCGGAGGAGGUAGGGGAGGAGGAGGGAAGCGCAGAGGAAGGAAAAGCAAACAGGGGAAAGGGGUGGAGCAAGUGCUGAUCAAUACUUCCCAUUUAGAAGGGAGGGAGUAGAGUCAGAGAGUAGUAGCAAGUGGAGAUCAACGCUUGCCACACAGCUAGAGAGAAAAUGUUGCAAUGGUUAGCAGGCAUGGGUGUUUUAGAUUCGUUGUUGUCACGGUGGUGGCGCCGUGAUGCCUGACACCACUUCUGUCCAGGAAUUAGCUCCAGGAGUAGCUUCGGCUGUAAUAUAGGUUUCGCCACUGAGGCCAUAUUCACACUAUCACUUUCUUGCGUGUAUCUGGUGACACUGACGGUCAGGGUGAUUCUAAAAGAAGAAGUGUGAGUAUGCUCUGAGUCAUUUUUUAAGAGU